AUGCAUUUCAAGUACAUCGCACUCACAUUUGCUACAUAUGCUGCUAGCAAUGUACUAGCAGCACCAGUCCCCGACUCUUCUGAUGGAACUGGUCUGAAGGUCCGAGCUGAGGUGCAACCCCAGGCACAAGACGUCAAUGUCGAGGACGGCAAGGACCAUCAACAGUAUACCAAUGACAAAAACGAGCCGGUGGUGGCAGCAUCGGCCUAUGUACAGGAGGACACUGUAGAGCAUCCAGCAGAGAAGCCAAAGGAGGGGACUCAGCUUCCUAAAGAUCAGAAGAAACCAGUAGAUGCGGUGCCGGUAACUGAUGACAAGAAGCAAGAGGCGCUGCCGGAGUAUCAGCAGGACACUGUUGACACUGUUGACACUGUUGGUACACCCAAGGAGCAGCCGGAGCAUCAGCAGGACACUGUUGGCACACCCAAGGACCAGCCGAAGCAUCAGCAGGACACUGUUGACACACCCAAGGACCAGCCGGAGCAUCAGCAGGACACUGUUGACACACCCAAGGACCAGCCGGAGCAUCAGCAGGACAUUGUUGACACUGUUGACACUGUUGACACACCCAAGGAGCAGAACAAGGGCAACGUCGAAGACCACAAGGACCAGGACCAGAAGAAGAACCUACCAAAGCAUCAGCAGGACACUGUUGACACAGUUGACACACCCAAGGAGCAGAACAAGGGCAACGUCGAAGAGAACAAGAACAACGUCGAAGAGAACAAGGACCAGAUAGACAACCAGCAAUUAGCCGCCACCGACACCCAGCUCGAGGACACACAGCACGUCAAAGUUCAGCAGACCGACGAACACCUCGACAACAAACAAGUCGCUGCACCAUCCUACAACGGAGCUCCAACGUACGACCAAGCUCCCCCAACAUACAACCAAGGUCAACGUCGGGGCCAAGGUCAACGUGGCGGUGGCGGCGGGUACGGAGGCGGCGCAGUCCCUGACUCAGGCUCACCCUGUGAUAUCCAUGGCGAGCUCCUGUGCAAUGGCGUUGAGCUGUUUGGACUGUGUCAAUGGGGCCAGGUCAUUUGGCAGUCUGUCGCCCCGGGGACUGCGUGUGUUGAUGGGGAAAUCGCAUAUGCUAGGAGGAUGAGGGUGUAG